AUGUCUUUAUUCAGAUUAAAUUGUGGGUUUCAAAAUUAUGACUGGGGUAAAAUUGGAUCAUCAUCAGCAGUUGCAAAAUUUGCUCAAUCAUCAGACCCUUCAUUAAAAAUUGAUGAAUCAAAGCCGUACGCUGAAUUAUGGAUGGGUACUCAUCCAAAAGUACCUUCAAAAGCACCAACCAUGAACAACAAAACCCUCAAGGAGUUAACUGAAUCAAAUCCGGAACAAUAUUUAGGUAAUGAUGUCAUAUCUAAAUUUGGUAAUGAUUUACCAUUCUUAUUCAAAGUAUUAUCAAUUGAAAAAGUAUUAUCUAUUCAAGCACAUCCUGAUAAAUCACUCGGUGCUCAGUUACAUUCUAAAGAUCCAAAGAAUUAUCCUGAUGAUAAUCAUAAACCAGAAAUGGCAAUUGCGGUAACACCAUUCGAAGGAUUUUGUGGAUUUAAACCAUUGGAUCAAUUAAGUAAAACAAUGAAGACUAUUCCUGAAUUAUAUGAAAUUUUGGGUAAAGAUUUAGUUGAAGAAUUUGUAAUUAAUGUUAAACCGGACGCUGAAAUUGGUUCAGAUGAAGAUAAGCAAAACAGAUACUAUUUACAAAAAAUUUUUGGAAAAUUGAUGAAUACAAACGAGGAAGAGAUAGCUAAAUAUGCUGAGUCAUUAGUUAAACAAGCGGAGACUGAACCUGAUAGCUUAUCAGCCAUCGAUUCAAGAUUGCCUGAAUUAAUUUUAAGAUUGAAUAAACAAUUCCCAAAUGAUAUUGGUUUAUUCUGUGGUUGUUUAUUAUUAAAUCAUGUUCAUUUAAAUUCAGGAGAAGCUAUGUUUUUACAAGCUAAAGAUCCACAUGCUUAUAUCAGUGGUGAUAUUAUUGAAUGUAUGGCAGCUUCAGAUAAUGUAGUAAGAGCAGGAUUUACACCAAAGUUUAAAGAUGUAGAUACUUUGGUAGAUAUGUUAACUUAUUCAUACGACUCAGUCGAGAAACAAAAAAUGAAACCCCUCGAAUUUGAAAGAACUAGUGGAAAUGCAAUUGUUAAAUUAUUUGAUCCUCCAAUUGCCGAAUUUUCAGUAUUACAAACCAUAUUUGAAAAACUGGGUGUUCAAAAUUAUCAGGGUUUAAAUGGUCCUUCUAUUAUAAUUGCAACUGAUGGAUCUGGAUCAAUUGAAGUUAAAGGAGAAGAUAAAAUGGAAUUAAAAACUGGUUAUGUUUAUUUUGUUUCACCUAAUGUUGAAAUUGAAUUAAGUACUGAUGAGAAAUUGACUACUUAUAGGGCAUUUGUAGAGUAA